AUGGAGGACAGGGAACUAACCAAGCCUGACUACUCAGAUUCUCUUAUCACAAUACCUGCAGCACCUUCAGAAGUAACCGGACUGAAUUUCCACUCAGAGCAGGGAAGUAAUUCUUUUGGUUAUACAGAUAUUGGAUGGGAGCUUGAGGCCAAGAUGCCAGAUAUCACAUCAAUUCUUGCUCCCACCAUAACUGAAGGUGAUGAACCUGAAUCAUUCGAUGAUAUCAGCCUGUGGAAGAAAGUGGAGCCUAAUAAUUUAAAGAGGCAGUGCCAGCAGAGGAAAAUGCUGCAGCCAAACUCUCAGAGGAGUUAUCUGCUUACGAAAUACAAACCAUAUAUGAAGUUCCUCCCUGAGCCUUACUUUGAGGGUAGUUUGGAUGCAUCGAUUGACAGCUUAUUUGGUGGUGAACUGGUACAGGAUGAUGUGGACCUUUGGAGCUUUGAUGACUUGCCAACUAGAGCAUCAUGUACUGAGGGAUUCUGA